GCAGCAGCAGCAGCAGCAGCAGCAUCAAAGCACGACUAUGACGACGACCAUAAUCAUCAUCAUAAUCCCCACCACAAUAACGACGAAGCAUCCAAACUAUACGGCGAGCUCGAUAUACUUUUGCGACUCUUUUGCUCCGAGGCUCAGCAAAAAUUCAACGUCGAUCAGCACGUCGCUAGCCCGCCACAGCUGCAACGUAUUCGGCAGACUAUGCAGCAGGUCCAACGAUUCGUGCCUGUGGUAGGCCUUAUCGGCACUCCUAAUGCAGACAGUCUGCGCCAGACCCUCACACGCACCACCUUGGAAAUGCUCGACUACCACGAAACUGCCUGUCGUCAACGACGGAUACGAACCUUGCCCGAAGACACCGUAGAACACCUCAUGGCUGACUGGCACACGCUCAGCCAAGCCUACGACGACAAGAGCAAAGAGCACGGCACCCUGACUCGUCUGUUGGGCGAUGUUGCGCACUUGAAAAAGGCGUGGCGCAAGCCCGACCAAGUCGAGAGCAUUGUCACCUCACUCUUGGCAUCAGGAGAAACGCGACCGGGCAUGUACGUUGCAACCAUCGAUCGUCAAAACUUUGCACAACUCGGCUUGAAGCGGAAAGCGCUCGGCACUCGACAAAUCGUUUUCGAAUGCAGUCGACUGAAUCGGAACGAGCAAAUUGAUGCAAUCGUCGACCUGUGCCAUCGGUUCUCGACAAUCUUUAUGCAAAACGCACAGCACAACCUCUCACAGAUUGAAGGCCAGAUCAGUCUGGCUAAGCCGUCCGCGCUGGCUCGCAGAUUGAAACGGCUUUAUGAUUGUGUGUUCCACGUUCUUCAUGACAACGAUAACAGCAGUACCAACAACAGCAGCAGCACCAGUACAACUACUUCUGGUCGUACUCCACCGACAAAUACCGACAACAACAGCCGUAGGCGGCGGGUGCUUAGUCAAGGCGCCACAACCACAACUACGCCGUUCCGGCUAACGACAGCCAUGACAACGCCAUCCUUCAUUUGGUAUCCCACGCGCGAAACCGCCGCCGACUUUCCUAUACUCACCAUGCCUGCGCCAACCUUUGUUCCGGCACCUUGGCAAUGGCUCGACCUGUUAAAGCCGCGAAAACCUUACCAGCCUGUCCUGUUUGGCCUCAUUAAAAAACGGCGAACGUCGCUCAUUACCACGGCAACGCCCAUGGCAACGACAAGCACCGCCAUAAUCACGUCCAGCAGAGUCACAGCAGCAAACGACAGCAACCAGCAGCGCCACGUAGCUGUCGACAACGACGUUGAGGAUGCAAGCCAGCGGGCUGAGCCCCCAUCAUCGCUAUGGGCACCAACGCCGGAGCUCGUUAUCAGAGAAGAUACACCCUUUGCAACACUAUCCGUAGAACACCUGUGUCAGCAUCUCUCCCGGGUUGGAUACCACUUCUACGAGGACGUGACCAACAACGCACGCCUUGGAUAUCAUCAAGACAGCCGGGUUCUCCAAGGAAUCGGGCAGGAUCUCGUCGAAAUAUACAUGAGCCUCCAGCUGGAAGCAGCACGGUUGAACAUGCAAAAGAUCCUGACGGUUGUGCAGCGGCUGGCACUCUUGGACGAUCGACCUAUUACUCCAACGACUAACAACACUACCACGCCAUUUCGUCCCUCUGUCUCAUCCGCUUAGUUUGUAUAUCAUUAUUAUCACUAUUAUCUACUAUACUUUUAUAUAUACAUAUCAUAUUAUACCCUCACUACACACGCUUUCUCUCUUCUCUCUCCAAUCCCUCUCUAUCCCAUAAAGCCAUGCGCACCCAAAAGAAAAGCUACAUCCAUACAUACACACUCUGUAGAUGCAUUCAUUAUAAUCCAUUCAUGUUCCAAGAGUAAAAAACACAACCAACAAGAACAAACAAGACACAUUUGAUUUGUUUAAACAGAUUGUGGAGAAAUUAGACGCUGGUUUUUAUUGUCUAAGGACCCUGGGUAGGGGCAGGGUUCAUUCUGCGCUUGCCACCGAAGGAAGUGGUAACGUUGACGAAGCGACGGUUGUACGUUUGUCUCUUCUUAGCACGACC